AUGACUAAGGAAGCUGGUCUACUGUUUUCUAUCUUCCUCCAGGGCUUCAUGGAAACAACCAUCUUGGAAAAUGCAUCAUCAACAGUACGAACAAAUGCCAGCCAUUCCUAUGUAGCCAUAAGGCCCAUGAACUUAACCAUUGCCUGCUUUAUCUCAUUGUCUUUCCUGGUGGGGGCAGCUGUGAAUGGGCUCUUUCUCUGGGUGCUGGGUGUGAAGAUGAAGAGAUCAGUGAACACUCUCUGGUUCCUCCACCUGAUUCUCACCCACUUAAUCUCCUCUUGGAACAUGCCAUUCUAUGUUGCCUACAUUCUUCUUGGUUUCCACUGGGCCUUUGGCACAGUUACCUGCAAGCUCGUGAACUCGCUGGGUUCUCUGGGGAUGUUCAACACUGUCUUUCUUCUCACCAUUAUCAACCUGGACCGUUACCUCCUCACCUGCCACCCCAUCUGGUCCCAGCAUAACCGCACAAUCUGUCGAGCACAGAGACUGGUCACAGGAGUUUGGCUUUUGUCCUUAGCCCUGAGUGCCCCUUACUUAGCUUUCCGGGAAACACGAGAGGUAGAGAACGGCAGGCUUGUGUGUGACAAUAACUAUGCUUUCUCAAAUGACUGGGAUGAUGAAAAGACAAAAGCCCUAAGGUAUCGCGUUCAAUUUGCUUUCUUUGUGACUCGGUUUCUCCUGGCCUUCCUGGUUCCCUUCAUGAUCAUUAUGGGCUGCUCUUAUUGCAUAGCCCAAGAAAUGAAGAAGAAAAAGUUGGUGAGGAGAACUAAGAAACCUUUCAGAAUCCUGGUGGCUUCCGUGGCAUCAUUCUUCAUCUCCUGGCUUCCUUAUCACCUCUACCAUGCUUCAGUGCUCCUUGAGGGAUCUGGAAUGAUGGGAAAUGUACUGAAGCCAAUCUUCAUCACUGGAGCCUGUUUCAAUUUUUGUUUCACACCCAUCCUCUACAUCUUUGUUGGGGAGAAAUUCCAGCAGGUCUUUAAGACAUCAGUUCUUGCUCUAGCUCAGAAAGCUUUUCUUGAUGAACCCAUCACAUCUGCCUAUAAUAUAAAUUUGACAGAAGGGGUGGGGAGGGAAACAAUUGACAGGAGCAGCUUGGUGCUGACAGUGACUUAAGACAGUAAUCUGCCCAGAUUCCUGAGGAAGUAACCUUGGGGCUAUACAGACUCUUCCCUGUCUUCUCCCUCUUCUCCCUGUGACCGCUCAUCAUUGUCUCACCAACAAUCCCCGGACUCUGAGCCUUCUUCUGAGCCCCAGCUGAUUCCUGCCACCAUUCCUUUGCAGCCAACCAGUCCAGGACAUCUGGCUAUACUCAAACAUAUUUCAUAUCAGCAUCAAUUUCACCUGGACCCCUGUUUGAACAUUUGGAUGACUUAUAUUAAGGUAUUACUUCCAUGCACUGAUUGUGGCUUACUAUCAUUAUUAGCAUUAUUUUUGUAUUAUUUUUCUUUCUAUUUUCAUUUAAU